CGUUGUCGGUGCCCCUCCCUUCUGUGGCAGCAAGAGCCCCGCAGAGCCCGGGGGAGUCCCCGGUGCCCGCUGACCCCUGGUCACCCGCAGGCGUGCCCCAUGAACAGCCACGUGCCCGGCCGCAGCGGGCGCUCCGUGCAGGAAAUCUGGGAGGAUUUCUCCCUCAGCUUCACCCCCGCUGUCCGCGAGGUCGUUGAGUUCGCCAAGCACAUUCCCGGCUUCCAGGCGCUCUCCCAGCACGACCAGGUCACCCUGCUCAAGGCUGGCACCUUUGAGGUGCUGAUGGUUCGCUUCGCGUCGCUGUUCGACGUGAAGGAGCAGACAGUGACGUUCAUGAGCCGCACGCGGUAUGGGCUGGAGGAGCUGUGGGCCAUGGGCAUGGGCGACCUCCUCGGGGCCAUGUUCGACUUCAGCGAGAAGCUCAGCGCCCUUGAGCUCAGUGAUGAGGAGCUGGGGCUCUUCACCGCCGUUGUCCUUGUCUCGGCAGGUGGGCACGGGAGGGUUUGAGGAGUUUUGAGGGGAAUUGAGGAGUUUGGGGCUGAGGUCAGAAGAGGAAAAGGAUCGAGGGGUUUGGGACUGGGAUCAGGGGAUUAGUGGGGAGUUUGGGGCACUCAGG